AUGGCACGCUUUCUCGUUGGCGACGACCUUGGAAGUCUCAAAAUUUUUAAAUACUCAAACGAAGCUGGCCCAUCUGGAAGCAAGGUCGAGGUGAAGAGUGUAUACCGUUCGGAAGCAUCGUUUCGAGGAGAGGCUAGGAUCGGUGUGCAGGGUCUUGCAACCUUGAACACAGGAGACGGUGUUUUGGCUGCAACAGCCUUUUCAGAUGGUAAUUUACAACUCUCCAGGCUCCAAGAUGAUGAUACCCUUGAAACGGUCUGUUCUUGGACGGAACCAAAACUGAAAGCCAAUCGCUUCGUAGGGGUCGCAUUAACAGACCGCGCGGUGUUUUCGUGUACAGGGAACGGCGCCUUGCGAAGAGCAGCGUACUCCCAUCUGAGCACAGAAGCGCCCGUUCAAACUACGCGAGGACUGCCUAUGCGGUUAUGCGAUUGGAAACUCUCUCCGAAUGGCGAACACUUUGCAUAUGGUGGCGAAGAGGUCGCCCUUUCCGUUUGGGACACAGAAAAGGCAUUCCAAGAAACCUCACCCCAGCCCGAAAGUUUGAACGCAAGUUCGAAAAAGCGUAAACGAAACGAUGUGCUCUUCCCCGGAGAAACAUGGCGCGCAAAGAACCUCUCAAACGAUUCUCUGAGCCUUCGACAGCCCAUCAGAAUAACAGCCUUGGAUUUCAUACAGAAACCGAACACGUCCUUGGCAGUUGGUAACCAGGCAGGCGACGUCCAGCGCUAUGAUACGCGCUCUGGUAGAAGACCAGUUGCUGAAUGGAAAUCCAUUGGCAAAAGCGGCGGCAUCCGCACACUUGCUUCAGGCGUCAAUGAGAAUGAGCUCUUCGUCAGCGAUAACGGGACAAACCUUUACUCUGUUGAUUUACGAACUGGAAAGAUCCUUUAUGGCUACCACGGGAUCGCUGCUUCCGUGUCUUGCAUCUCUACUUCGUCAGGACCUUUGCUCUCUGGAGCCCUUGACCAAUACGUCCGGGUCCACAGCGUUACACCACCGCCAAAGGAUGUGAAGCAACGGUUGGACAAUAGAGGCAUCACCCUGGAAAGACAUUUUUUCCAGAGCACGCCGACGGUCAUUACUUGGGAUAAACGACCUUGGUCCUCAACUAGUUCCGGGGUCGAACAAGUCGAGGAGGAAGACGAUGAUGACCCAGAUCACGAUAUUUGGGACGAUCUGGAAACAGCUCAAGACGAAGAUGAAGAUGCAGAUAAUAAGGGCAAACGUCGUCGCACGUCCUCAAAAAAGACAUAG